AGCCCAUAGUAACCAAGCCCUCCCUCCCCCAUACUCUUAUCAGGGGAAGAAAGAAAUACAAAACAUUUGAUACUAAGCAAAUUCCUUUCAAUUAUUUUCAAAAGUUUUCAUAUGUCAGUAGCUCUUCAAUAUCACUGUUGACAUCAAGGGAAAAGUAGUAUAUAGGGAAUACAACCCCUUCCUUUCAGGCACCCAAGACUUAAGCAAAGUAUGUAUCACCUUACUUUCAUUAGAAAUUUGUGGUUUUAAAAAGGCUUUAUAUUUUAACCACAGCUUCAGUGAAAUACAGUACCAAUACACUUCCCAUUGAAGGCAGCUUCAAUUCGAGGAUUGCUCCAAUUCUAUUUGAAGAAGCACAGCACAGAAGUAAGAUAUUGGUGAGUGCCUCUUCUCAAGGUGGCAAAAUCUUGCUCUGGCCAUUGGUUAAAAAAAAGGAAAAACAAACAACGCCCUCAAUCCUCAUCUUACUUAGGCAAAAAAGCCCAGUGACUCCUUUCUAAUAAUCGAUCUGAAGUCAAUGGGAAUUUUGAUAAGGCCUUCGGGAUUUGUCCAUUUGUGAUGUAAGCAACUCUAUGCACUGACAUCGCUGCUGCUGAAGGCUGAAUAAAAUACAAUACAUAAACUUCCUAAGAGUUUGAUCCUGCAGCCAGUGAUAGUUUGGCCUAUGAAGAAAGGGAGUGCAGGGUUGAGGCUACAGUACUGUGGGUUGUUUAAUAGGUGUUUGCAAAGCGCUUUGAGAUCCUGGCACGGGGCAUAGUACCUGGCAUCAGUUUGAAACUUAGUACCACUUGCCCCCAUGCAAUUAGCUUGGUCUGCAGCCUCCUUGCACCUUUCGGGGCUGCAAAUCGGAGGCGAGUAAGAAAGGUGCGACGCUGCCAGCCGCUGGAGGCAGGUCCAGGCUCGAGGGAGAGGCCGGCGCAGCGUGUGGCCCUAUCUCGCCGGCUUGCCCGGAGCAGGCGCUCGUCUCCCGUCUCACAUUUCCUCAGCCCCGGGAAAGGCGUUGCACGGCGAGUGGCUGCUUGUGGGAAGCGCAGGAGCGGAGGGGGGGCUCACACCCUUUCCUCCCCGCCCUCCCGCCGCCAGCCAGUCGCUCAGCCUCAGAGGCACAGGCAGAGGGCGCCUGAGCCAUGUCCGCCCCCUGCGGCCGCUGCUGCCGCUCAGCUCCACGGGUUGAGGAGGCUCGUGCACCCCGGACCCCGCAGCCGCUGACAGCGUCCUGCGAGCCAAGGCAGGAGACUGAUUAGAGCUGCUCUGUCUCCCCCGCGCCUGCUUCGCCUAGUCCAUGGGGCUGCGCCGUGUGUGUGCAGGCAGGGGGCUGCUGCUGCAGGAGGAAGCCCCAUUGGUGUGAGCAGCUGCGCUCUCCCUCUUCUCUCUGCCCUGCCUCACCUCCCUGCUCCUGAGCGAGCCCGGCUCGGAUGUCCGGUUUCCUGGUGGCUUUUCACCUGGCAAACUCCAGCUAACUUCGGUGAGCAAUUGCAAAGCGUCCGGGCACAUUGCGAGUCCCUUGCAGGCAGCUGGUGCUGCUGCAUCUUCUCCAUCCCAGGGAUUCUGCCGCCUUGGAUAUUGGGGGGAGGCAACCAACAAAGCCAAGGAGCCUCACGAUUCCCCCUACACUCCUCAAGCUCCCCCCGCCCCGCCACGCACCCACCCUGCCAUCCUUGCACAAUGCACUUGCUGGGAUUAUUCUCUCUGGUUUGCUAUCUGGCUGCUGCUGCUCUGCUGCUGGGACCCAGGGAGCCGGCCACCGCCGCUGCCUAUGAAUCCGGGCAGGGCUACUACGAGGAGGAGCCCGAUUUGGGGGAAGCAAAGGCUCAUGCAAGCAAAGAGCUGGAAGAGCAGUUGCGGUCUGUGUCCAGUGUGGAUGAACUCAUGACAGUACUUUACCCAGAGUACUGGAAAAUGUUCAAAUGUCAGUUGAGGAAAGGGGGCUGGCAACACAACAGGGAACACUCCAGCUUCGACACAAGAUCAGAUGAUUCAAUAAAAUUUGCAGCAGCACAUUAUAAUGCAGAGAUCUUGAAAAGUAUUGAUAAUGAAUGGAGGAAAACUCAGUGCAUGCCACGUGAGGUGUGUGUAGAUGUGGGGAAAGAGUUUGGAGCAACAACAAACACCUUCUUUAAACCCCCAUGUGUAUCCAUCUACAGAUGUGGAGGUUGCUGCAAUAGUGAGGGGCUGCAAUGUAUGAAUAUCAGCACAAGUUACAUCAGCAAAACGUUAUUUGAGAUUACUGUGCCGCUGUCUCAUGGCCCUAAACCUGUAACAGUCAGUUUUGCUAAUCAUACAUCCUGUCGAUGCAUGUCUAAGCUGGAUGUUUACAGACAAGUUCAUUCAAUCAUUAGACGCUCCUUGCCAGCAACGCAACCACAGUGUCACGUGGCAAACAAAACUUGUCCAAAGAAUCUUAUCUGGAAUAAUCAGAUUUGCAGAUGUCUGGCGCAGCAUGACUUCAGUUUCUCUUCCCAACAUGGAGAUACUGACACUGCUGACGAAUUCCAUGAUAUCUGUGGACCUAACAAAGAGCUUGAUGAAGAAACCUGUCAAUGUGUUUGCAAAGGGGGUGUACGGCCUUCAAGCUGUGGACCCCAAAAAGAAUUAGAUAGAACAUCGUGCCAGUGUACAUGUAAAAACAAACUUUUGCCUAGUUCCUGUGGUCCCAACAAAGAAUUUGAUGAAGAGAAGUGCCAGUGUGUAUGUAAAAAAACCUGCCCCAAACAUCAGCCACUAAAUUCUGCAAAAUGUAUCUGUGAAUGUAUAGAAUCUCCAAACAAAUGCUUCUUAAAAGGAAAAAGGUUUCAUCACCAGACAUGCAGUUGCUACAGACCACCGUGUACAGUUAGAACGAAACGCUGUGAGCCUGGAUUUUAUUAUAGUGAAGAAGUGUGCCGUUGCGUACCCACAUAUUGGAAAAGACCGCUUAUUAAUUAGUGAAGAAAGCACUACUUGCCAUUUUGGUGUACAUUUUUCCAUUAAAAAAACAACUGUGUUAACAUUGGAAUUAACUGUGCACCAGAGACACUGUGGGAUUCACAGAGACAGACACAUUGUGCUUUUUCCCCAAGAAAUGUGGAAAGCACAUGUAGACAAUAAUGGGGCUCAUGUUGUGUAAAGAACUCACUAAGGACUUGUUUUCUGCCAAUGACAAAACAGCCUUGGUUUUCCUCCUUGUGAUUUUUUUUUAAAGAGAUAAUGACUAUAUAAUUUAUUUCCACUAAAAACAUUGUGCAGCAUUCCUGUUUAUAGCAGUAACAAUUGUUAAAGCUCACUGUGAUCAAUAUUUUUAUAUCAUGCAAAAUAUGUUUAAAUAAAAUGAAAAUUGUAUUAUA